AUGGAAGGUGAUCCACAAGUGUUGGAGGACGAUCCAGAUCAAAAAGAACUUGGCCAGAUCACCACAGCUCCCAGUGAACGGGUCCAGAACACCACAGCACCCAGUGAACUGGUCCAGAACACCACAGCUCCCAGUGAACUGGUCCAGAACACCACAGCUCCCAGUGAACGGGUCCAGAACACCACAGCACCUAGUGAACUGGUCCAGAACACCACAGCACCCAGUGAACUGGUCCAGAACACCACAGCUCCCAGUGAACUGGUCCAGAACACCACAGCACCUAGUGAACUGGUCCAGAACACCACAGCACCCAGUGAACUGGUCCAGAACAACACAGCUCCCAGUGAACUGGUCCAGAACACCACAGCACCUAGUGAACUGGUCCAGAACACCACAGCACCCAGUGAACUGGUCCAGAACACCACAGCACCCAGUGAACUGGUCCAGAACACCACAGCACCCAGUGAACUGGUCCAGAACACCAGAGCACCCAGUGAACUGGUCCAGAACACCACAGCUCCCAGUGAACUGGUCCAGAACACCACAGCACCCAGUGAACUGGUCCAGAACACCACAGCUCAGACGGGAGGGAAUGUAAUUGCACCUGUUCUACAUGGAAAUGUGUUUAAUGGCUCAGUUCAUAUUCACACAGGAGCUGAAUCUCAGCAUGAAGGUGGAACAGGUGGAGGACAGGUAAUGAGUGAGAGUUUAGCAGCCUCUUCUAGUACACUGACUGCAGACUCAUUACAAAACACUUUCUCCUCUCUAUCAAAAGAUGAACAACACUGCAUCAAGCUGAAGUCCACUCUGAAAUUGAACUACGAGCGUUUACUGAUUGGAAGUUCACAGACUGGUCAUCAGGAGUUCCUGGAAGAUAUCUACACUGAUCUCGUUAUAGUGCAGAAUAAAAGUGGAGGAGUCAUUAAUGAACAUGAAGUGAUGCAAAUAGAGAUGUCUCCCAAUAAAGCUGGCAGUGAGGAAGAGUGUAUAAAAUGCUGUGACAUUUUUAAAGUCCAGCCGGGUACAGGUAGACGGAACAGAAAAGUGAUGACAAUGGGAAUUGCAGGAGUUGGAAAAACUGUGUCCAUCAACAAAUUCAUACUGGACUGGGCAGAAGGAGAGGAGAACCAGGACAUUCAGUAUAUUUUCCCUCUACCCUUCCGUGAACUGAAUCUGAAGAAAGAGAAGGAGUUCAGUUUGAUUGAACUACUGAAUAACUGCUUUUUCUCCUCGAAACCUGCACUGAAAUCUCUUCCAGAAGAAGAUGGUAAAGUGCUGUUUAUUUUUGAUGGGCUGGAUGAGUAUCGUUACCCACUGGAGUUUAAAGAUGGAGAGGAAGUAAAAGAUGUGAAUGAGAAGAGUACAGUGGGUUCACUGAUCACAAAUCUCAUCAACAGAAAUUUGCUUUCCUUUGCUCUAGUCUGGGUAACUUGUCGACCAGCAGUCGCACAUCUGAUUCCCCAGCAAUACAUCAAUCUGACGACAGAAGUACGAGGAUUUAAUGAUGAACAGAAGGAGGAGUUCUUCACCAAAUACUGCAAAACAGAGGAUGUAGCAGAGAAAAUAAUUUCACACAUAAAGAAGUUAAAGAGUCUCCACAUCAUGUGUCAAAUCCCAGUCUUCUGCUGGAUCUCUGCCACUGUGCUUCAGCCAUUGAUGGAUAAAGAGAGUGAUGAGAACAUCCCCACAACCCUGACAGAAAUGUACAUGAGCUUCCUACUGCAGCAGAAAAACCUGAUGAAGGAGAAAUACAGUCAGAAGACUGACACUGACCCUGAGCGCAUCAUUCUGAAGCUUGGUGAACUGGCCUUCUGUAAUCUUGAGAGUGGAGAGCUGAACUUCUAUCAGGAUAAUCUUAAGAAAUGUGGGAUUGAUGUCAGUGACGGUACAGUGUUCUCAGGAGUGUGUACACAGAUUUUCAGCCAGCAGAAGGGAAUCUCUGAGAGGAACAUUUUUAGUUUUGUGCAUCUGAGUGUUCAGGAAAGCCUUGCAGCUGUAUAUGUGCAUCACUCACACUGCAAUAAGAAGAAGAAUGUGUUUAAAAAGAGGACUUUCUGGAAAAAACUUGGGUGGAAGCAUAACACAGUAACAGAUUUCCAUAAGAGUGCAGUGGACAGAGCUUUGCAGAGUAAAAAUGGACACCUGGACCUUUUCCUCCGAUUCCUCCUCGGCCUCUCAGUGAAGGACAGUCAGGAGGUCCUGACCGAACUUCUGCCAAGCCUGAAGAUCAAAGCAGAGAGCAUUAGCAAUACAGCUAACUACAUUAAGGAGAAACUGAAAGAGGAAAUGCAUUCAGACAGAAGCCUGAAUCUCCUCCACUGCCUGAGUGAACUGAAGGACAACUCACUCACUGCUGAAAUCCAAAACUUCCUGAACUCAGGAACUCUCUCAAAACAGGAACUCUCAUCUCCACAGUGGUCAGCUCUGGUCUUUUUGCUGAUGAUGUCAGAGGAGACUCAGGAGAAGUUUGAACUGAAGAAAUACAGAGCAUCAGAAGAAGGACUGAGGAGAUUACUGCCUGUGGUAAAAAUCACACAGAGAGCUCUACUAGCUUCAUGUGAUCUUGGAGUAAAGUCAUGUGAAAGUCUGAAAUCAGUGCUAGAACUUGAAAACUCCUCACUGAAAGAGCUGGAUCUCAGCAACAAUGACCUGCAGGAUUCAGGAGUGGAGCUGCUCUCUGCUGGACUGAGGAGUUCACACUGUAAACUGCAGGUUCUCAGAUUAUCUGGGUGUAUGAUCACAGAAAAAGGCUGUUCUUCUCUGGCUUCAGCUCAGAGUUCAAACCCCUCCCACCUGAAAGAGCUGGAUCUGACCUACAACCACCCAGGAGAGUCAGGAGAGAAGCUGCUUUCUGCCAGACUGGAGGAUCCACACUGCACACUGGAGACACUCAGUAACUGA